AUGGCAAACUUUUCUCUUUCUCUCCUCUCGUUACUUCUCCUUCUGCCUCUUAGUGCCUACUCUGAACUCCAGCCCUACGUAGUUUAUCUUGGAGAGCACAGCGGAGAGAAAACAGUGCAAGAAAUCCACGACACCCAUCACUCGUUUCUUCUGUCUGUGAAGGAAACCGAGGAGGUUGCUCAAGCUUCCCUUAUCUAUAGUUACAAGAAGAGCAUCAAUGGCCUCGCUGCAUUGCUUACACCAGAGGAGGCCGCCAAGUUAUCAGAGAUGGAGGGAGUGGUGUCUGUGUUUCCGAGCCAGGCCAAGAAGUGGUAUGUUCAGACUACAAGGUCUUGGGACUUUCUAGGCAUUAAAGAUAGACGAGAUGGGGAGAGCAACUAUGAGAGAGGAGGUCUAAUGCAUGAAGCCAAAUAUGGGCAAGAUGUCAUCGUCGGGCUCUUGGAUUCUGGUAUAUGGCCGGAGUCAACGAGUUUCAGUGAUGAAGGCAUGGGGCCCAUACCCAAAUCAUGGAAGGGAAUCUGCCAAGCUGGAGAUGCUUUCAACUCCUCUCACUGUAACAGGAAGCUAAUAGGAGCUCGGUAUUACCUCAAAGGCUACGAGGCAUACUACGAUGCCCCGCUGAACACCUCCACCGACUAUCGGUCUCCUCGUGACAAAGAUGGCCAUGGGUCUCAUACGUCCUCCAUUGUUGGUGGCCGAGUCGUGGAAGGAGUCUCAGCUCUCGGCGGUUUCGCCCAAGGCACGGCGUCCGGCGGAGCCCCACUCGCACGUCUGGCCAUGUACAAGGUGUGCUGGCCAGUUCCAGGCAGGGACCCUUCAGAAGGUAACAUCUGCAUGGACACCGACAUGCUCGCUGCCAUCGACGACGCCAUCGGAGAUGGUGUGGACGUGCUCAGCAUCUCCAUUGGAACGUUCUCACCUGUCAAUUACACCGAUGACGGGAUUGCAAUCGGUGCACUGCAUGCUGUCAAACGGAACAUCGUGGUUGCAUGUAGCGCCGGGAACAACGGCCCUGGCCCGGGCACUUUGUCAAACAUCGCACCCUGGAUCAUCACUGUAGGAGCUAGCAGCAUCGAUCGGGUCUUCCCCUCGCCUGUUGUAUUAGGGAAUAGCUUGACAGUCCAGGGUCAAUCAGUAGCUCCAUACAUGCUGGACGAUAAGAUGUACCCACUGGUUUACGCCGGAGAUGCAGUAGUCCCAGGUGUAAACAACUCUGUCGCCGACCAAUGUCUCCCCGGUUCUCUCUCGCCGGAGAAAGUGAAGGGGAAGAUUGUGUUAUGCCUAAGAAGACUUGGGACGAGAGUUGGGAAGGGUUUGGAAGUGAGAAGAGCUGGCGGUGCUGCCAUCUUUCUCGGCAACAGCCGAUUGAAUGGAAACGAAUUACCCAUCGACAGCUACUUUCUUCCAGGAACAGCAGUAGCAUUUGAAGAUGCAACCAACAUUCUUAGUUACAUAAACUCCACCAAGAAUCCAACUGCCAAAGUAGUUCCAGGAAUGACUGUCAUAAACGUUAAACCUGCGCCAUCCAUGGCCAGUUUCUCUUCAAGAGGUCCAAAUGUUAUCGAGCCCAAUAUACUGAAGCCCGAUAUCACUGCACCUGGAAUUAAUAUUCUGGCAUCGUGGAGCGAGAAGUCCUCCCCUACAAAGUUGCUUUCCGAUCACCGGAGGGUCAAAUACAAUUUUGAUUCCGGGACCUCCAUGUCAUGCCCUCACGUUGCAGGCAUAGCAGCCCUACUCAAAGCCAUCCACCCCAGUUGGAGCAGUGCUGCCAUUAGAUCAGCCAUCAUGACAACAGCAAGAACAAGAAACAAUAUGGGUAUGCCAUUGACUGAUGCAACAGGAGACACAGCUAACCCCUUCAGCUAUGGAUCUGGCCAUCUCGACCCAACAAAUGUAGCAGAUCCCGGUCUGGUUUAUGAUGCCUCUUACACAGACUACCUCCUCUUCCUGUGCGGUAGCAGCGGACUGAAGGGCCUCGAUUCUUCGUUCAAGUGCCCAAAGAAGUCGCCGUCGGCCAGCAACCUCAAUUAUCCAUCCUUGUCAAUCUCUAAGCUCAAUGGCACCAUGACUGUGAAGAGGACUGUGACAAACGUUGGUGACGGAGAGAGUGUGUAUUUAGUGACAAUUAGACCACCGGCGGGGGUCUCUGUCAAGAUUGCUCCCAGAGUUCUGAACUUUAGCAGAGUUGGCGAGAAGAAGAGCUUCACAAUAACUGUGAAAGCCAAAAAAGAUAGUCAAGUAGAUUGGAGAGGCACAGAAGAGAAGUUUGCUUUUGGCUCGUACACAUGGACUGAUGGGAUCCAUCACGUCAGAAGCCCCAUGGCAGUAUCUCUAGCAUAAUUCCCUCUUUUU